UUGUCACAAUUAUAAGAAUUGCUAAGUGUUCAAUGAUUCAAAUUCGGCGUUAACGAGCUAUUAGCUCGACGGAAUAAAACGCCACUGAAAGAAAAAAACUCUCAGAGAUGGCGGAGUGCGGAAAAAACCGAGUGCUUCUGUAUUUAUUUCUUCUCUGGUUCAUAUAUCUUAUGGUUGGCAUGUUUAUAUUCAGAGCUGUUGAACGCGACGAUAAACCCGACCCCGAGCAAUCGAAACCACAGCUAUUGGAGAACAUUAAAGACAAUAUAACAGCCAAGUAUAACAUGAGUGAGGCCGAAUUUGACAGCAUUGUGAAGCAAGUUGAAGCAGCUUCGUUGGCCUCGAGUGAUGGACCAGAAUGGAGUUAUCGUGAAUCGAUAUCUUUCGUGGUUCAACUGGUAACAACAAUCGGUGAGUUGUUGAAUUUUAAGGAAUUCCCUCUUAUGUUAUUUUCCUUCUCCCCCAAGAUAAAAUUAAUUGCUUAAAAACUUGAAACGCCUUAUUCUGAAUGUUUUCAAUCCACUUAAUUAUUUAGUAUCUAAUAUUCCUUAGGACAGGAACGAUUGCAAAAUGUCGAUCAAAGUAAUUGAGCGGGGGCAUUCACUCCUAAUUGGAAAUAUGCCUUGUUAUCUAAAAUAUGCCUUGAAGCAUCGUCUUAAAACAAAAUAAUAAAAGAUAGAAAAAAAUCCGUCGGUGAGAGAUCCUAUUUGCAAAAGCGGGGCAUGCAUUAAUUCUGGAGUGAAAGUCGAGCUUAGAUGAAGUGUUGAAGCCUUGCAUACUCGUGACCAUGAUUUCACCUGGCCUUCACUCAUUGUUUAGCUUAAGCUCUGUGAACGGAUCUCUAGAGCUUUCAUCCUUCAGUUUUCUUUUUUCGCUAACUGUGCAAACUUUUCAGGCAUCUACAUCUUAUGAAUACUCUUUUUUUUUUCUUCCUUGUCGCGUGACUUUACCGCUUAAGAAAACUUAGUAGAGUAUUUGUGGUCACGCAACAUCUGUCCAACGUCACGUAAUUCUGAAACAAAUCACCGUGUCACAGAAUACAGACCUUUACAGUUUCAGCUGGUUUUCUUGUGCCAAGAGACAUCCCAACCCACCACCCCCCCCUCCUCAUACACCCCCUUACAUCCUCGUAUCCUGUAGCUUCCUGUUGAAGGGCCCUCACUCCCCCCCCCCCUCCCCCGAACAGGUGGACAUACUCGCGUCUAGAUUUUCUUCAUGACCACAUGAUCUGUUGCUUUGGAAAGUUCAGAGAUAAGAUUCAAAACUCUAGAUUAAAAAUGUGUUUUUUCUCUUCCAAGGAUAUGGCAAUAUCACUCCAGUGACCACAGGCGGCCGAGCCUUUUGUAUAAUCUUCGCCUUGUUUGGUAUCCCGAUCAACAUAUUGUUCCUGCAGGUGGUUGGAGAACGAAUGCUACGCAGUGAGCGACUUCUCGUCACAAAAUUCGAAUCCCGUUGCCUUAAGAGAGAGAGCAAGCCAAGACACUUGAAUGAAAAGUGCGCUUUUCUGGGUUUGAUGUUGUUGAUAAUAAUUUUACUUGUGGGGGCGGCAACUGCGGUAAAGGUCCAGGAAUGGACUUUCUUUGAAGGUUUCUAUGCCUACUUCAUUACUUUUACAACAGUUGGAUUUGGCGAUUUGAUCCCAGGAGGUGGCCCGUCAAAACAUCCAGUCUGGAAUACAGUAAUUCGAAUCAUUUUCAUCAUCCUGGGUUUGGCAGCCAUGUCGAAUGUAAUCAACGGACUUGUUUCGGCACGGGAUUGUAAAGAGUGCAAAGAAUUUUUCAAGAAUUUAAAGGCUCGGUUGGGAAGAAAACAAAGAGGUAAAAAUCCUGAAACGAUGGAAAAGAUGGGAAUGGAGAUAAACGAACAAACCGAAAAGCCUUUUUAACUUUGAAGAACAAGAAGCGAUUUGUGCAUAUUGAAUAAUUAAGCUUAAGAUUUUUCAAGUUUAUCAUUUUCAAUCCUCUCCAUCCUCCGCCAUCCUUCUUCGUUCUUGUUUUAUUAUUGCCUCUUUCGUGUUUUUCUAUCUUACUAAACCAAUAUUUUAAAGUCUCAUUCAAGUUGAAAGUCUUUUUUGCACGUCAAACAAAUUGACUCAAGUUAUCGAUCUUGACGUAAGUCCUUCGGACCGAGGGAAUGACAUUAUUCCAUAACAGACCUAAAUUCAAAUUUAUCUCCGCCAUUAAAAAGUAUGAAUAAACAUUUGCGACUCACCGCUUUUUGAUAUUCCAAGAAGUAAUGUAACAGCCUGAAAAUUGUCUUCAAAUGUGCUAAAACUUCAACAAUCGGCGCUGCCAAUUUGAAGACUCGGUCACUCGGUCAGUUGGCCGCAUGACGUCCCAUAAUUCAACUCAUGGCGGGAACCAGAACGCGCGUAGCAAUGCUACGCUCAUUAACGUUAUUGGUAUUAGACCGGAUUUAUCAGUCGG